UGCUCGACUCCACAUGCCCCAUGUUAAAAGAUAUCCUCAUAUUAUGAUAUCAUAUCAUACAGAGGAAUAAAGGCUUCCCAUCUAUACAAGAAUCUUUCUUUUACUUUUCCUGCUUCUGCAACUACGGCUUCCCUUUAGGCCUUCCAGAGAAAUAAGGAAAAGCAAGGCCAUGUCCUGAGGGGAAGAUGGAGCAAAUUUUGUGAAUCUCAAAUUCAAUAUGAAAGAAAAUAUGUUGAAAUGUCGCUUUGGGGGAUGGUCCCGCGUGUGAAUUUUGGCUCUUUCAUUUUCUUUCGCCCUGUGUCAUCUUGUCCUGGCGUGGACAGGAAAAAUCUGGCUCCUGGGAAAAUGGUUCCUGUGCCUCAGUGAGAUUUGGAGACUUUUUCUUGACAUUUUUCUCAUUCUGAGUUUGGCUUUUGUUGAGUCGUGUGGUCGACAAUUUCUGAAGAUAUUUAAAAUUUACUCUCUUCCCAGACUCCCUCUCCCUUCUUCAAAUUUUGAAUUUGGCGCAAGAACGAGGUGAUAUGAAAGUUCUUUACUUUAUUCAACCUGGGAGUGGACUGGCUUUUGGAGGACUUACUGGGUGCUCUUGGUGAUUUUGAGAGCAACUGUUGCAGGGCUUCCGUUCGUGGCCUUGAAAAACGAAGCUCUUAUCUCAAGGGACUUUCUAGAGCACGGAAGAUCUUUCUUUCAAUGGCAAAACGAUUCCACACUUCGUUGCUUCUGCUUUUAAUAACAGCUUUACUUUCUAUCUCUGAUUCGGAGCAGCUUCAAUCUUCCCAGUUUGAUGCCCUUCUGAGUAUCCAGAGAGAUUUGAACUUUCCUGCUGCUUUAAGCAGUUGGAGUAGCCACACAGACUUCUGCAACGCCGACUCAAAUUCUUCUUCCACUGUUGUGUGCUAUGAAGACACCAUAACCCAGCUUCAUAUAAUAGGUGAAACAAGAACUUCCUUUCUUCCUCGAAAUUUCUCAAUAGAUUCCUUUUUCAAAACACUGGCAAGACUUCCCAAUUUGAAAGUCCUCACUCUGGUUUCUCUUGGUAUAUGGGGUCCAUUGCCUGCUAAAAUUUCUCACUUGGCAUCACUGGAAAUACUUAACAUGAGCUCUAACUGCCUAUACGGGCCCAUACCACAAGAGCUUUCUUCACUUUCCAAUCUUCAUACUCUCAUUCUUGAUGAAAACAUGUUGGCUGGUCAGCUUCCUGAUUGGAUGGAUUCAUUUCCAGCCUUAACUGUGUUGAGUUUGAAAAACAAUAGGUUCAAUGGAUCUUUGCCUGAUUCAUUGGGUAGCUUGGAAAAUCUUAGGAUCCUUUCACUUUCCCAUAAUCACUUUUAUGGGGUGGUGCCUGAUUUGAGCCGUUUGAAAAAUCUUGAAGUUCUUGAUUUGGAUAGCAAUUCUUUUGGGCCUCAGUUUCCUCAACUUGGUACAAAAUUGGUCAUUCUUAUACUAAGGAACAAUAGCUUCAGGUCUGGUAUUCCUUCUGAAGUGACCUCUUAUUACCAGCUUGAGCGAUUGGAUAUCUCACUAAAUACAUUUGUGGGGCCAUUUCAGCCAGCUUUGUUGUCUCUUCCUUCAAUUACUUAUCUCAACAUUUCUGGGAACAAAUUAACUGGGAUGGUUUUUGAGAAUAUGUCCUGCAGUUCAGAACUUGAAGUUGUGGAUUUAUCCUCAAAUCUUUUGUCAGGCAAACUACCCAGAUGUUUAGUGUCAAAUUCCAGUGAUAGAACAGUGCAGUAUGCUAGAAAUUGCCUUGAUGGUGCGGAUCAGAAUCAGAACCCACCACCCUUUUGCCACACUGAGGCCUUAGCUGUGGGGAUAUUACCUGAGAGAGAAAAGCACAAAGGACUGUCCAAGUUAGUCAUUUCCAUUGGAAUAGCAGGUGGAGCAGCAGUGGUUGUUGUACUUGUUGGGCUUACUCUCUUUCUUGUUAGAAAAGGAAAUGCCAAAAGCAGAAGCAAGAAUCCUCCAAUACGAUUUAUAUCCGAAAAUGCUGCUUCUGGGUACACCUCUAAGUUGCUUUCUAGUGCAAGGUAUAUAUCUCAAACCAUGAAGUUGGGAGCAGUUGGCUUGCCAACUUAUCGAACUUUCUCACUCGAGGAGAUUGAGUCUGCUACAAACUACUUUAACACAGGUUCCUUCAUGGGUGAAAGUUCUCAUGGGCAGAUGUAUCGAGGUCAGUUGAAGAAUGGUUCAGUUGUGGCCAUUAAAUGUGUGAAAAUAAGAAAAGGUUAUAGCACACAAAGCUUUAUGCAGCAAAUAGAGCUGAUAUCAAAACUCAGGCAUCGUCAUUUAGUCAGUGCUCUUGGACACUGCUUUGAAUGUCAUUUAGAUGAUUCAAGUGUCAGCAGAAUAUUUCUUGUCUUUGAAUACGCACCAAAUGGCACGCUUAAGAGCUGGAUCUCUGAUGAGAAUCCUUCAAAAUCACUUGGUUGGACUCAACGCAUAGCAGCUGCUAUUGGAGUAGCAAAGGGAAUCCAGUUUUUGCAUACCGGGAUUCUCCCUGGUGUGUAUUCAAAUAAUAUCAGAAUAACAGAUGUUUUAUUAGACCAGAACCUCGUCUCCAAAAUCUGCAGCUAUAACCUGCCUUUGUUAUCAAACUUGGAAAAGGUUGGCCAGGGAAAUUCAUCCAGCAAAUCCAGAAGGCCUAGAGUUAACAAAAGUAACAAACAUGAAGACAAGUCUGACAUAUACAACUUGGGAGUCAUACUAUUGGAACUCAUAUUCGGAAGGACAGCGAAGUCAAGGAAUGACGUGGACACUUUAACUAAAUUGUUGCAAGCAAGCAUAGUAACUGAUGAUGAUGCGCGGAGAAGCGUGAUAGAUCCUGCAAUUCGAAGGGCAAGCUCGGAUCAAUCAUUGAAGACGAUGAUGGAGGUUUGCGUGAGGUGUCUGGCUAAAGAGGAAGAAGAAAGGCCUUCCAUUGAAGAUGUAUUGUGGAAUCUGCAAUUUGCUGCUCAAGUUCAAGAUUCAUGGCGAGUGGACUCUAGAGGCAGUAGCGAUUGGUCUCCUGGCUCUCCUUCAGACUCUGCGAGAAUGACCUUCCAUUAGUGUCAAUACACAGAGUAUGUGUCACAUUUUUUGUAUAUUUCAUUGUAAAGCCUACAGUGGUUGAAAUAUAUAUAGAAAGUGAGCAUUGUAAUUUACAGUUGAAGCAUCAGAAUAUUAGAUGCAGGGUAAGGGCUGUGAGUUCGGAAAUGGAAUAUCAGAUGAAGCACGCAGGUCUAUAAUUAAAUUGUCUGUGAAAUGUGUUUCUUAAUAAAAGAAUAAUCUUGGGAGCAUAAUAUAUCAGUGAAUCUUUCAGCA